AUGGCCGACCAAAAUAAGGCCUUCCAGCCUCUGUCAAGCGACAAUCGCGGCACCAUCCUCACGCUGAUCUCGGUGCCCCUUCUCCUUGUGACCAUAGUCUUUGUGAUCGCUAAGCUUAGCUCGGUGAUCUAUUUCAAGCAGCGACGGACAACGGCCAAUACUCCCAUUUGGGUCGCUAUACUUCUUGCAAUUGCUCAAGUCGUUCUCUUACAAAAGGCUGUUGACCAUGGACUGGGAAAACACCAGGACCAACUGAGCAAAGGCGAUAUUCAAGCAUGGAGCAAAUUCGCCUUCGCUGCUCACAUUCUGCUCAUCAUUAUCUUGUCGCUUUCGAAAAUCUCGACUACUAUGCUGGUUUGGAAGUUGACGCCAAAUAAGACCCUCCGUCGCAGCUGUAUUGUCACCGCGGGCAUUGUGGUCGCGUGGUCGAUAUUUGCAGUGUUGAGUAUAGCUUUCCAGUGUGAAUUGCCCCAUGUGUGGCUCUACUCCCCUGAGCGAUGUGUUGGAGAGGGAGUCCUCUUCUACCCGAUCGGUGUCAUCAAUAUCCUCACAGAGAUUAUCAUUGUUGUCCUACCGUUUAUUAUGAUGCAACAUGUCCAGAUGGUCAAGAACAAGCGGGUCAAGAUCCUGUGCUCCUUCACUGUGCGCCUAAGCUCACUAAGCCGUCACAGUAUCGUCGGCCUCGGAAUCGCCCACCUAGCUCUCCUACCUUCAUUCGUCCACUCAACCGACGUCUCCUGGGAAAUCGCCAUUUGGGAAAUAGUUGGCCAGGCAAUGAUGCUCACAGCAAUCAUCGUCGCCUGCGUCCCAACCCUCUACCACAUCUUUGCUGGCCUGCACUCUGGCCUGACGACAACCCAGAUCCCCGACGCGCUCGAGCUCCCCCAGACCAAGGGCAGCGGGUAUGUCAACCAAUCCUCCUCGGCAGCAAGCCGGUCACAUUCGCGGUCGCAGUCGCGUGGACGCCAGAGGAAGCACGGACGAUUGAUGUUUGAUGGAUGGGGAGGUCAGACCGGGGUUAUCACUGAGGUUUCGUCGGGUCUGGAUGCGAAUCAGAAUAAUGAGGGUAGGCAGUCUAGUUCGAGUGAGGGGGCUGAAAGUACGCGACAUUUGACGCAUGAUCUCCAAGGGAAGGGAGGCGUUCUAAGGACAGUGGAUGUCACGGUGCAGGUUGAGAAGCACUAUAAUGGGAACCAGAUUUAA